AGUCUAUAUUUUUCAGUCCAUGAGUCAUAGUAAACAUGGUAGCGCCCAUAGACAAUGAUGGAUUAAAUGAUUAACAGCGAAUGUUGCAACUUACAUCUAAUAGGUUAAUUCUACUCUUUUAUAGACUCUACAAAGUUGAAAUUUGAAAAUAACGGUACCAUGUCCUCUGAGAAAGAAGAAGGUUCAGAACAAAAUCAGCCAUUGUUUCAGCCUAAUGAAGAGGCUAUCACCCAAAUCAUGUGCUUGGGAUUUUCAAGAAAUGCAGCAAUCAAGGGCCUUUUUUACACUGGCAAUCAAACAGCUGAUCAGGCAGCUGAAUGGCUACUAGAAAAUAAUGAUAAAAAUCUUGACACUCCCUUAGAGGUUGAUCUUCAAAAUUUAAGUGACAGCAGUGACGAGGAUGAUUUCCUUACCACCGAGUCUUUUAAAAUGGUGUUUGUUGUGAACUCUGAACUAAACAUGGGUGUUGGUAAAAUAGCUGCACAGGUAGCACAUGCGUCAAUAGGUUUGUUCAGGAAUAUGAUAGAGGAUGAAGCCAAAGCAGAAAUGUUAAUGGCAUGGGGACAUCUUGGUGAGACCAAAAUUGUACUGAAAGGUGAAAGCACUUUACAAUUAGAGACACUGGCUGCUCAAGCUGCUGCACUUCAUAUUGACCACUAUUUGGUGCAGGAUGCAGGUCACACACAGGUUGCACCUGGAUCAAGGACAGUCCUAGGCCUGUUUGGCAAAGUGGAUGAUGUGGAUAGGGUAACUGGAAAGUUGAAACUUAUGUGAUACAUCUUUGUUGAUUGCCUUUUACAGUCUCUGUGGAAAUACUAUAUACAUAAAUGGCUUCAUGUCUGAAUUGGUUUAAGCAGUAUGCUUAAUGAUAUUAUUUUAUUCUGUUAUGAAGUAUUAUGACACUGUUCAGUGCUACGCACUUAAAGAAAAAUUGUUUAGACCUUACUGGUGCAUAAACAUUUUUUAGCCUGUUGUGUUAAAGUAUUAGUUUUUAUAGCAGAUUGCUAGAGUAUUCUAGAUUUUUGGAUAUAACAAUAGAGAAAAUAUAUAGGUCUAUAUAAAAAUACACUAGAUAUCAUUUAUUGUAAUUUUAAAAAAAAAUUAAUUUAUAAAUUUUGUUAUCGCAAUGAAAUUAUUUCCUUCUAUUGAGGUGGGUUUUUUUUUUUUUUUUUUUGGAUAGGUUAACAAGGCUUGUAUUGAUUUUAAAGGACUCCUAUCAGCUUUGUAAUUUUACAGGCUUUAGCCUUUUGAAUCUUGCAGCACAGCCUAGUGCAGCAAAUUAUUAUUUCAGAGGUAGAAAAUUUCUAUGGAGAGAUUAUGCAAUAGAGAGAUUUCUCAUCCCUAACAUUUUUUUUUAUAGCAAUCCUGUUGAGUGCAUUUACUUUGUUAUACCUAGAUGCAUUACAUAGUUGACAAAGUAAUGUUGAAUCCCUUUAACUUGCUGGGACUCUUUCAGCUUUCUUUUUUUCUGUAAAGCAACAGAAAAAAAUAUAUGACUUCCUUCUGAAACAAAGUUAUAGUACACAUGAACCUAUUUAGAGCUAAAGAAAAUGUGUGUGGCUUUAGAAUGUCAUUGUGAGGCCUAAGUGAAUUCCAUUUGCCUGUUAUUAUGGCACUAGGUGAUAUUUAUUACAAAUCAAUAUUUUUUAUUUUUUUUUUAAUAAUGCCCAGUCACUUUAAUUGUUGAGACUAAAGUAAUUAUUUUGCCUGCUAUAAUCACAAAUAUAAAAAAAUAACUUUUUAAAAGAAAAAGAAAGCAAUCCAAAAAUUAUGCUUUAUUGCUAAUAUAUAUUUGUGUCUGAUAAUAUGUUUUAAAUCUAAAGGAAUCACAUUUCAGAUAUAGACUACAAUUAAAUGUCCAUACCACUGCAGUUAAGUGUCCAUACCUUAAAUUGUUUAUCCAAAUCUUGCAGUUUUCAGCAUUGAAAUCUGCAUCAGAAUUGAUUUAAGUAUGCCUAAGAAAACUCAAAAUGUCUUGUGACUAAUUUCAAGGUGAUGGUUCACAUACUUCAUAUUUAUCUGCAAUAUUUGCAUUGGUUUAUGUAUUUCAGCACUGUAUUUUAUGGGGUUAGGGAUGGGAUAUUUUAAAGGCAUUUCUUAAAUUAGUACAAUCAAAACUUAUUGUUUUAACAUUGUGAUGUUUUAUUUAAAAUGACUUAACAUUAAAAAUAUCAAAGCUUGUGUAAUGAAAUGGAUCAUGUAACCUUUUAUAAAAAUACUUAACUAAUUUUGGCUAACGCUUAAAAUUCUUGAUCUCAGCUUUGGCAAAAGCAUUGAAGAUAAUUUUUAUGAGUAUUUUAUUCAAAUUUACCUAAGUUCUGUCAAUUACAUAUGAUUUAAAAUAAAAACAGAAUCCAGAAGAAAAUGAGAUGCUUUCCAACUAUG